AUGCAGAGCCCCCAAAGCAGCUGUGGAAGCAACGGCGGCGACGGUGACGGCGACGACGGAAAUAGUGGCGACUUUUGUCGUGAACUUACACCCUGCCGACUACCUUCUCCGAUUAAGGUUAGUAGCAGAAAUCCCCAAUCUGAUGAGCAAGUUGUUGAUGUUGAUCACUCCCAAUUAGGUUUACCUCACCUUCACGAUUCGCUUAUCCAAGAAAUUGUUCUCAGAGUGCCCGUCAAAUGGGUCUUUAGGUUCAAAGCUGUGUCCCCAAACUGGCUCUCUCGAAUUUCCGAACCCUCGUUUUCUCAAUUGUAUGUGUCUCGGAAAAUCAAUUUCAGAAUCCUUUAUAGGUACGUAUACGUAUCGCAUUUUCGGCAAAUUCUCGAGCGUCUGGAUCCCGAAUCGCCUGAUGUGUACCCAUCUGAGAAUUUCUCUGUGUUGUUUCUGUCUACUCACCAAGAACACCAACAACGCAGGAAACUGUUUAAGAUCUUGGCAACGAGCAAAGGCUUGCUUCUGUCUUGCUUGGUGGCUCCUUUAACUUACUAUAUGUGUGACCCUGUAACCACACAAUGGGUUACUUUACCCAAACCCCCAGAAGGUGGUCUAAAUCUGCACCCCUUUUUUAUCGGCGAGGGCUUGAUUGCUUUCGCUAAUCAGGAUAAUAUGGUCACUAGCUACAAGGUGGUUCGUGUUGAAUGGCACCCUGUAGAGUCUGUUUAUCUCAAUUUCGAGGUCUUCUCUUCGGAGACCCGUAAAUGGGGUUGCUAUAGUUUUAAUGGGGUAAUGCAUUGGUUUGCCUAUGGACAUCGAAUUGUAGCCUUUGAUCCUUACAAUUUUGAGGAAUGUAGACUGAUCGAUUUGCCCAAUUAUAGAGACAUGGAAAGCGAAAAUCAAUAUGAUGGAUCUUACCAUUUGUGCGAGGAGUGCCAAGGGAUGCUUAGGUAUUUUGAGGCAGCUCCUGAUAUCACGGAGGAUUUCUGUUUUAGUAUGUGGAUUAUGAGAGAUUAUAAAAAGGGGGAGUGGAAUUUAGUGCAUCGAGCUACACGUGGUGAAAUUUGGUCGGAUGAUCCUCACAUAAGUAGCUAUUUAUUUCAUGUUCAUUUCAUUCCGUUGGCAUACCAUCCAUUUAAUUUGGAUAUCGUGUAUUUAAGAUGUGAGGAGAGAUCUUGUAUUGUCGCUUAUAACAUUAAGACAAAACGGUUGGAAGUUUCUUGUAUUCCAGUUGGCAUCGAUGAAAACCUUUCUUGGCGCGUGGUGAUUCCAUUUGUGCUCCCAAUGUGGCCGACACCGCUUCCUAAACGCGUUAGGAGGGGUGUGAAGCGUUCAAGGUCUAGUAAUGCCAGUAGUACAUGUUGA